GCGUGGGCUGAAAGUGAAACUGGGGGGCACGGGGGGGAAACCAAACCAACCGGGGAUUAAACCUUUUAAAAAUGCAGUGUAAAGCCGUGGGAAAAUGAAUUAUUUCCCGGCUUUUUGAGAAUCAUGUGUGCAUGUUCGCUAGCAGAAGGCAGGGAGUGUAGCGUAGCAUGUUAACGUCACGUCUCUUAGGUUGGUUUCAGAAGAGCGCGCCGCGCCUUAUUUUGUCUACAAAAUUGAAUCUGUGUGGAUAAAAUGGACAUUAAACUCCACAUUCACACCCCCACCGCGUAUGUUUGAGAUUUCCUCCCUGUUUGCGGUGAGUUUUGGGGCACAGUCACCUGUUGUUUGAGUGACAAACAUGGAUUUCCUCACUCUGUUUGCGGUUUACGUGCUGCUGGUGCUGUCGUGUAUCGUCCUCGUCUGUAAAUAUUCAGGCCAACAACAAACUCCAUUUAACAUUCUCCUCAACUUCACCAUAAAGGUUUUUUCUCCAAUUACCCCAAAAUGGCUGCAGACUUUGUCACAGAGGAGUUUACACAGACUGUUCCAUCAGAGGAGCAACACGUUCAUCUAUCUGCACAUCCUCCUAGAGGGCGCCGUGUACGCAGAGUUCACGUACGAGGUGUUCGGCUUCUGCAGGGAGAUGGACACGACUCUGACCAGUCUGUCUGUGCCUUACAUCCUGCUGAUCAUCAAGACCUUCUUCUUCUACCUCUGCGUCAGGAGAGACCCAGGCACGGUGACUAAGAGGAAAGUGUCCGUGCAGGUGCUCAUGUACCCGUACGACAGGAGACUGUUUCACCCGGGAGUCUCCUGUCCCACCUGUCAGCUCGUCAAACCGGCUCGCUCCAAACACUGCCGAGUGUGUAACCGGUGCGUGCAGCGCUUCGACCACCACUGCGUCUGGGUGAACAACUGCAUCGGCGCUCAGAACACGCGCUACUUCCUGCUCUACCUCUUCAGCCUGUGUGCCAUGGCGGGAGACAUCGCCGUGCUGACGGCGGACAUGCUGCUCCACGCCGUGCUGCGCUCGGGGCUCCUGAGGGCCAGCUACAUCGACGAGCGCGGCGAGCGGCAGGCGGCGGGCGCUCUGUUUGUCAUACAGCAUCUGUUCCUGACGUUCCCCCGGAUCGUCUUCAUGUUGGGCUUCCUGCUCUUCGUCUUCUUCCUGCUGGCGGGUUACUCCUUAUUCCACUCCUACCUGGCCGUCGUUAACCAGACGUCCAACGAGUGGUACAAGAGCCGAGGCUACGUCUGUCAGCACUGCCACCCGAGGUCCACCGCAGGGGCAGCAGCAGGGGCAGUGGAUCAUCUCUGCAGUCCGGCAGCUCCGGAUCACUCCAGACGAUACUUCUACAGCCGAGGGCUUCUCAAAAACCUGGGUGAGGUUUUUUCCCCACCAGUGCCUGUUCGCAAAAAACACAAAUGAACAAAAAACAUGUGCCUUUUUUUGUUUAUAUGCUGCAUUGACUGUACAUUUACUGUCUGACUGGAGAAAUAAAGUAUUUGUUUAUGAUUUCUA